AACGAUCGUGUUUUCCCAUUUACAAUUUCUCUGGAAUUUGAGUAGAAAUUUGGCCCAUUUCCAGAAGCGUUUUGAAAACGAACCUCAACAUGAGUGGCAGCGGCGGAUUCUACAAGUACCGCUGCAAGUACUUCCUUACGCAUGAGUGCCCCAACUGGGUAUAUGUAAACAAUACCGCAUGCGCUGAAUGUAGCGCCCAAGGGCGAGAAGCCGACUCAGAGGCAUCCCAAGCACCCGUGGUUUAUUACUCACAGGAGAGAUGCGUGCCCCGAGUCGAAGACGGUGUGCUGUAUUAUACCCGUACGGAGAUUCCCGUGGAAGUAGAAAACGUCCAAACGGCUACCACCAACAAUUAUUGGUACGGUGCCAACAACCAGGCUCAAGCUCGGAUUCCGACAACGAACGCUAUCCCCGGAAGUGCGACAGCAGCCACAAAUUACUGAGAAGAGCUUUCGACAAAACUAACUAUGUCCAAAGGGAGCGAGGGAAGGUGACGUAACAAGUUGGCACGAUUCGACGUAUAAGAUGUGAACGAAAGACAAUCGGUAGUUUGUGUGUCGCGUGAGAACAAGGAGGCGCCUGAGUAUGAGCUUCGUGCGGAUCGAGAACUAGUAAUUCUGGUGGGCAAUGUUUUUGGUGACGACGAAGAUGGCAAAGCUGA